UCACUUAGUUCUUCGUCUACCUUUCUUAUAAACUGCACUUUUCUUGCAUAAUCAAUUUAGCUUAAGUUGGUGUUCAAUUGUGCUAUUGUUAAUUCUUAAUUUCUCACUUAACAACAUUAAGCUCCAGAGAAAUCAGCUUUUGCUGCUCUUCAUACCCACUAAACACCUUGUGUUACUCCCCUAUCUACUUCAGAAUUUCCUUUAAAAUAAAAAAAAAAAAAGAUUUGUUAUUUAUUUCAAGUAAUCAUUUGUUUACACAAGUCGCAACACUUGAGCUUAUGAUGAUCUUCACUUCUCUAUUUCCUAAAAACCCUUGAGAGGUAAGUGCAAGCCAUUAUCCAUCCUACUUCUGAAAUUUCACAACUUGGGAAUCCUUGAAUUCUGCUCAAAAUAUAUUGCAGAUUAAUAUUUGAAUCUCCUCAACCAUGGUUUUUUCAUUUUAUCUUAGUGUUAAUCACUUAUUCUUCAACAAGAAAAUUUCUAUCGUUCACUCCAGAUUUUGAUUGUUUUAAGAACCCUGUUAGCAUGUUUUGCAACUUUGAAGGCUUAUGUUGUUUCGAAUCCCAAGUUUGCAGUGAUCAUAACAGUCUUACCUUGCAAUCAUAAUUCUGGCUUAAACCCCCCAAUAUUUAUUCAUGUAUUUUUCAACCUUCGUAUUUUCUCAUUCAAGCCAUGUUUCUUGACAUACAUGACGUGCUUGAAUCAUAGACCUCUAUGUCAAUCGUCUGUGGCCUUCCAAUCCUUGAAUGUGUGUACUGCUUGGGAUGUGCCCGUUGGGUAUGGCAAAAAUGCCUGUAUAAUGCUGGCCAUGAAAGCGAGAACUGGGGCCUAGCCACAGCUGAAGAGUUUGAACCUGUUCCCCGCCUUUGUCGCUUACUUCUGUCUGUCUAUGAAGUGGAUCUUCAAAACCCACAUUGGGCACCCCCAGGAGGUUACGGCAUCAAUCCUGAUUGGGUCGUUUUGAGGAAAAAUCAUGAAGAAACAGGGGGUUGUGCUACUCCUUAUCUUAUUUACCUCGAUCAUGAUAAUUCUGAUAUAGUCUUGGCUAUUAGAGGGCUUGAUUUGGCAAAGGAAUGUGACUAUGCUGUUUUGCUUGAUAAUAAACUUGGCCAAACUAAGUUUGAUGGUGGUUAUGUGCACAAUGGGCUAUUGAAAUCUGCAAAAUGGAUUUUCGAUACAGAGUGUGAGGUUUUGACGGAUUUAGUUCAGAUGAAUCCUGAUUACAAAUUGACUAUUGCGGGGCAUUCUCUUGGGGCAGGGGUGGCAUCCUUGAUGGUGGUGUAUGCAAUUCAGAAUUUAGAUAGGUUGGGGAACAUUGAGAGAAAGAGAAUCAGAUGCUUUGCCAUGGCUCCUGCUAGGUGCAUGUCACUGAAUUUGGCUGUGAGAUAUUCUGAUGUUAUCAAUUCUGUUGUGCUACAGGAUGAUUUCUUACCUCGAACAACCACUGCUUUGGAAGAUGUUUUCAAAUCACUUUUAUGUUUACCUUGUCUACUUUGCCUAAUGUGCUUGAAAGACACUUGCACUCUUGAGGAGAAGAUGCUUAGAGACCCAAGACGGCUUUAUGCACCUGGCCGCCUAUACCAUAUUGUUGAGAGAAAGCCCUUCAGGAUAGGAAGAUUUCCUCCAGUUGUCAGGACAGCAGUCCCUGUUGAUGGGAGGUUUGAGCACAUAGUUCUUUCAUGCAAUGCAAUCUCUGACCAUGCAAUUAUCUGGAUAGAGAGGGAAUCUCAAAGGGCUUUUGAUUUGAUGCUGGAGAAAGAUCAGAUCAUGGGGAUUCCGAAAAAGCAGCGGAUGGAGCGGGAGGAGUUUAUUGCACGAGAACAUAGUGAAGAGUAUAAGGCAGCUCUUCAGAGGGCUGUGGCUUUAGACAUUCCACAUGCCUAUUCCUCUUCUUCAUAUGGAACUUUUCAGGAAAUGGAAGGAGGAGAGACUUCUGGCACCUCAAGUAGGGGAAUUUCACCUUUGUCAUUUAAGAAAAUAAAGGAACACUGGGACAACUUUAUAGACCGUCUUUUUGAUGUGGACGAGUCUGGUCGAUUGGUUUUCAAGAAACCAAUCUCAUAGACCUCCAAAAUAUUCCACUGCUGUAAUUAGCCUGCAAAUAUCAUUCUUUCAUUUUAUUAACCAGUAAGAUUUAAGUUGUAUCUA